AUGUCGACGAUUAACCUGCAUCCACCGCAAACCUACGCGCGCCUUUUCCGACCCUGGGACAGUCAGCGCCAGGCGGCGACCUCGGCGCCAAGGACAGUGAAGCAGGAGCCGGAGGGCAUUACCAUCAAGACGGAGCUGCCCAGCAGCAGUCUCGGCCACGACUGCGACAGGGACUUCUCCUCCGCAUCUUCCUCCGCCUCAAGUAGCAGCAACAGCAGCAAGUCCUGCUACGAGGAGGCCCUGAACCACAGCAGCUACACCCGCACCUCCACCCCGCUGCUGGAUGCCGCCCCGCACCCCGUCUUUUUGCAGCCCCAGUCGCCCUUGGACACGCACUCCUCCAGCACCGCACCUUUAGCUCCCCAGCCCCAGCACGCUCCAUUUCUGUCGGCCGCAAGCGAUCUCUACUACGCUGCUGCCGCCGCAGCAGCCGCUGCCGCCUCCACGCCCACUGCCGUCCCGAACUUCGGCAUGGACCCGUUCACUAUGGGCUUAAUGGAGCAGGAGUAUGCCCGCGUAAUGGCCGAGGACGCACAGUUGAAGGCGCUUAACAGCCGCAAGCAGCGGCCGAAGAAGUUCAAGUGCCCCAACUGCGACGUGGCUUUUUCAAACAACGGCCAGCUGAAAGGCCACAUUCGCAUCCACACCGGCGAACGCCCAUUUAAGUGCGACGUGAGCACAUGCGGCAAGACCUUCACCCGCAACGAGGAACUGACGCGCCACAAACGAAUCCAUACCGGACUGCGGCCGUAUCCUUGCAGUGCCUGCGGAAAAAAGUUCGGCCGCCGCGACCACUUGAAGAAGCACAUGAAGACGCAUAUGCCGCUGGAGCGCCAGCUGGGCCCGUCCAUCUUCGUGCCCAUGUACCCAUACCUUUAUGGCUACUGA